GCACACUUUUUAAAGAUUAUUAUAUUGUUAUCAUGCAAUCUCUUAUGUACCAAAAUUGACAAUUCUCUCUCUAAUCGUCACCUCGCAACCACCAUGUGCACGUUAGAGAAGUGCGGCAACCUUUUUAUCUUAACGUUAACCGGCGACAACAAAGAUGAGCAUCGCUUAAACCCAGCUCUUAUAUCAUCCAUCCGAUCGGCUUUGGCCGAAGCCAAGUCGCAAGCCGUCGCCGGCUCCGUUCUCAUCACGCUGGCUCAAGGGAGAUUCUUCUCCAAUGGAUUUGAUUUAAGGCACGCUCAAGCCGUCGGCGCUAAAUCAGGCUCGAUUCAAGCAGCCAAGAAUGAAUUACUCCGGAUGGUCGACCUGUUCAAGGGCGUCGUCUCUGAUUUUCUAACCCUACCGAUGCCCACAGUCGCCGCCGUCGGGGGUCACGCCGCUGCCGCCGGCUUGAUACUAGCCAUGAGCCACGACUAUGUCACCAUGACGGCAUCAAGGAGUGUGAUGUACAUGAGUGAGCUGGACAUAGGGAUGACCUUGCCCGAUUACUUCACGGCUUUAAUACGAUCCAAGAUCGGAUCUGCUUCAGCGCGGCGUAGCUUGGUGUUACGGGCCGCAAAAGUGAAGGCUGAGGAGGCAGUAGAAAUGGGGAUCGUGGACUCAGCGUACCCUAGCCCGGAAGAGGCGGUGGAGACUGCAAUGCGCCUAUGUGACGAAUUGGCCAAAAAGAGAUGGGAUGGUAAGGUCUAUGCAGAAAUAAGGAAGGCUUUGUACCCAGAGCUGUGUGGGCUGUUGGGAUUGAAAGAUGAGAAAGUUUUACCUUCAAAGCUUUGAGAAAUAAUAAUUUCUUAUCAUGUUUAAUGGGAAUAAUGUUGUGAGGCAGCUAUGGGUGGGAUUUUAAUCGGAAUAGGAAUUAAUUAAGAAUCGAGAACCAAUCGAAUCUCAAAUGGUUCUUGGUUCUUGAACCGAAAUGGUCGUCUUUAUUAGGGUUUUAUUUAAUUUUUUCUUUUUCACUUUGUAUGCAGGGGAAUGAAUUUAUUUUAUGUUAGCAUUUGUAUGUUCUACUACUUUUUAUUGUUUGUUUUUAAUUUUUGGUUUGUUGUUUGGGUAUAUAAUCUGGUGUUUAUGCGACAAUGCGACAUUAGAUGCUUUUUGAUCA